AAUUUAUCAUAAAAAAUAAUUUCGCAGAUCCACAUAGCCAAAAAAUGUCUGGUUCAGAUCGUAGUUGUACUAGCAAAACUGAUAGUAGCAGUAGUAGUAGUAGUAGUAGCAGUGACGACGAUCCUGCACCAUUGGAUCGUAAAACGAUAAAAAGAAAAAAUAGAUUUUUGGAUCCCGAUUUUAAGAUUCAUGAAGUGUCUAGUCAAACUUUAAAGAAAUAUAAGCAAGAUUCACUUCCAAGACAAAGAAUACCACAUGAUGAGACACUACAGACUAAUAUAAUAGAACCUGAAUCUGAUGGUGUUACAAGUGCUACAGAUGAUUUAGAUGCAGCACCGACUUUACUGGAGACGUCGUCAUUUAACGAAUACUUACACGAUGAAACUCUACAAUCAGAUGAUGAUAGAGAUGUAAGCGCUACUGCAUAUGAGAGCAUUUGUAACAGCGAUAACCAAAAUAAAAUUGAUGAAAUCGAUUUGAGUAAUAACAGUGAUAAUGAUAGUAGCACAGAUGUUGAUUAUGAUGAAAGUAACAGCUCCGAUGACAGUGAAAUUGAAAGUGAUUUUGACAGCCCUGAUGAUAGGAAUGUCAAAAAUGAUUAUAUCUUCAGCAAAUUGAUGUUCGAAGCAUCCAAAUUAACUGUGCGUGAUGUUAUUGUAUUGAAUAGUGCAUUCGCUUUGAGAUAUCAUCUUCCAGAUGAAGCACGUUUAAUGCUUAUGAAAAUGUUCCAAUUGUGUGCAGGCCCAACAUUUGAUAGUUUAAAUUUGUCGAUAUAUCUAAUGUCUGAAUGUUUGUCCUCACAGAAUGAUAAAAUAACGAAACAUUAUUACUGUAGUAAGUGCUCAGAAGUUAUUAUGUAUUACGUAAACGCUGCAGAAAGACAAUCCAAUAAAAAAUUAAUUUGCCAAAAGUGCAAAGCAAACAAUAUUGUCACACAGUCUUCUCCGAAUUAUUUCAUGUCAAUUGAUUUAUAUAGUCAAUUUAGUCAGUUUUUUUCAAAUAAAGAAAAUGUUGACAAUCUGCUAAAAAAUAUCAAUGCCAGAAAUACUUCUUUUAAUACUCCCUGUGACAGUAUCACGGAUGUUCAUGAUGGAUCAAUUUACAGAAGUAUGAAAUGUUCUACGGUUAACCAUGGUAAUGAGUUGGAAUAUAUGUUGACACUAAAUAUUAGUACAGACGGAGCACCUCUGACGAAGAGUGGUAAAAGGGCAUUUUGGCCCCUACAAGUCAUCAUAAACGAUCUCUCUCCAAAAUUGAGAUUUCGGUAUGUGUUUUUAGCUGGUUUAUUAAUAGUUAAACAAGAGCCAAAAUCGAACUUGAUGAAUUUGUAUAUUCAGACUUUUAUAGAUAAGCAACUUAAUAAUUUAAAUACUAGAAAGCUAACCAUUGUCAAUAAAAACAAUACUAGAAUUGUAUUAAAAUUUAACAUUUUAAGUUGCGUUGUUGAUUCUGUGUGCCUUCCCAUCAUACAAAACCGCCUGCAGUUUAAUGGGUAUUGUGGUUGCAGUUGGUGCUACCAGUCGGCAGAAUUUAUAAAAGAAGUUUGUGGCAUACGCUAUACUUUUCAUCAAGAAAGUACUCAUAGGACUCAUGAAAGUCACGAGAAAGAUGUAAAAUUAGCAUUAGAGACUAAAACCAUUCAAAACGGUGUCAAAGGUAUUUCUGCCUUACAAAAACUGCAACACUUCGAUUUAGUAUGGUCCUUUCCAUACGAAUAUAUGCACGGUAUGUUACUUGGAGUCACAUUCCAAAUUUGGAAAGAAUGGAAAAGUCAGGAAUGCUUGUUUAAAUUACAAAAAAAAAGAGAUUGA